AUGGUGACUGGAAUUGAAAGAGCUCGACCGGGUGCUGGUGCAUCCACCGAUGUCUCCGGUGGCGGUUCAGUUGGAGAGUCCAGUCAAGAGUUUGAGGGCUCUGAUAUUGAGUGGAUCAAUAAGAAAAAACUCAUUAUGGUCACUUACGAUGGUGAAUGUGAUCCAAUGGAUCCUCACAAUUGGACCUUCAAACGUCGACAAGCGUGCACUCUUAUAACGUCGGGGACUGCAUGCGUGGUUUUCUGGUCUUCUACAAUUGAUACCACCGCCAUCGUAUCAACUAGGGCGCUCUAUCGUACAAAUACCCAACUCCAGGUCUUAGCGACGACCAUGUUUCUGGUUAUGAAUGGCCUCGGCGCCCUGGUAACAGCACCGAUCUCCGAAGUUUUCGGACGCAACCCCACAUACAUUCCGAGUAUGAUCCUGUUCAUGCUGUUUAACAUGGGCGCAGGGCUGGCUCAGACUGUGGUACAGCGAAUUAUCUGCCGUGCCUUGACUGGCCUAUUCGGACCGACGCCGGGGGCAUUUGUUGUCCAAUUCAAGUGGGAAAGCUGGCGCUGGGUGGAUUGGAUUACCAUUAUCUUUGGAGGAAUAAUCUUGGUGCUGCUUGUGCUGUUCCUACCCGAAACAUACAGUCCCAUCCUGCUAGACUGGAAAGCCAAAGAGCUCUGCCAUCUAACAGGCGAUGACCGCGUCCACGCCUUUUACCUCGCUGUCGAAGUCAUCAUCCUCUACACUUUUAUCUCCGGCUAUGCCUCUAUAUACGGGAACAUAUAUCAUUGGAGUACAGGCUUGACAGCCGUCGCCUCCUUAGGCAUCGAACUCGGAGUGCUCGUCUCCGCACCAGCCGUCCCAAUAGCAAUGUAUUUUCUCCGCCGCGAGAUCAUUCGCAGUCGCACUCGAGGCCAGCACCGCCCAGACCCCGAAAUCAGUCUGUAUAUGGGCAUGUUUGGUGCGCCAGCUAUCCCAAUUUCCAUGUUCUGGAUGGGCUGGACCGCCCGAGAGUCCAUCAGUUACUGGAGCCUGCUUGCCUCGUCGGUAAUGUUGGGCUUUGGGGUGCUGUGCAUCUUUGUUUCAUCGUACCAAUAUGUUGCCGGUUCGUUUGAGCUACAUGCUGCUAGCGCUCUCUCAAGUUUACAAGUAUUGCGGCUUGUUGCUUCUGGUGUUAUGGCAAUUGUCUCGGAAAUUAUGUGCCGUAACCUGGGCGUUGCUUGGACUCUGACUGUUCUGGGUGGUAUCUCUUUCGUGUUUUUCCCUGUGCCGUAUGUUUCGUACUGGAAAGGGCCGCAGGUGCAGGCUCGGAGUCGGUAUGCGCGACGAAAUGAAGCUUAG